AUGUUGGCUUUGGCCGUCACCUGGUGGCGCACACGUACUACCCGCCAGGCAUCGACACAUAUUUUGCGACGGUCCUCUCUGGAACAGAUCCUAUGGGAGAACGGAAACAUCUACUUCUGCACAUUGGUUGCCAUGAACAUCGCAGAUAUGGUCCUCCAAUCUGUAGAUGCAUCGAUUGCAUACCAAGCAGGUUUUGUCAUAGAAUUUAUUGACCCAAUCAGCGCAAUCUUGAACUCUCGCUUUCUGUUGGCCCUCUACGAGACGAACGCCCACCUUGAGCGGGGCGGAUCCUCCGCCUCGUCGUUUUCGACACUCGAUUUCGGCGAAGCCCCCUCUCUGAGAGCAGCGGUGUCUCCGAAGCUCCCCGAAUUCCUCCACUCUCUCGCCGGCCCGAUCCAUUCCUUACCCGACCACGAUCCGGAACUGUUCGACUCGGAGCCGACGAUGGUGCAGCAAGAGCGCGAGGGAGAGGUGGAUGCGCAGUCCCAGUCUGAGGUGGGGGUGCAGGGGCAGGUAGAGUCGGUUGAAGUAGGCGAAGGCUCCGAGCGGGUGUGA